AUGCGGCGCAGCGAGCGGCACGAAGCCGAUAUUGCGGCGCUCGCCGCAGACGUGCGCGAGAGUGCGGACCGCGCGCGUCCCCAUUCGAGCGAAAGCAGUGUCCUGGACUCUCCGUCUGUCGCUGCGCGGCAGUGGCGCGCGCACCGCAGCACGAGCGAGGCGACGCCGGGGCGAUCCCCGAUCGAGACGCGUCGGCCGGUGCAGACGCCGUUGCGUGCGCACCUGUCCCCUUCUGCGCGAAUGCCGUGGUCACAGGGCAGUGCACGCGUUGCAUCACCACGGAGCGGUAGUGCGACGCGUAUGCACUCCCUGCGGUCGGCCGCCCAGACACCCGCAGACCUCGGCGAAGAAUACGUGCACAGCGCGACGCGGCGCAUGCAAACGCUCGCGCUCGAGCGUGCAGCCACACCACAAAGCACGCGGCGUGUCACUGCGCCUGCGAGCAUGUCGCCGCGACGUCCCGAGCCGGAAGCGCUCCCACCCACGCCGCAAACUGCGAAUCUGCACCUGGCGCUGGAGCAGUGGAACCGCGUCGCGCCCACGAGCGCGUUUUCGCCCGAGGUCUGCGACAAGCUGGCUGCGGCCGUAGACCUUGCCGAGACGGUGAACCUGGGCCUGAGGCGCACCAUCCAAAACUCGCUCGAAGUGCGCAUGUCGCUCGCGCUGCAGCCCUCGCACGAGCCGGAGGAAACCAUGGUCGACACGCUCGAUGUGAAUCUAUCCGAGCUACUCAAGUACAGCAACGACCAUGUGCGCAGCUUGACGGAUACCCUGAUCCUCCUUACGCGGGAAGAACGUGAGCGCACCCGCGCGCACGCACGCACCCAGCCGACGUCCCCCCCUAUCCCCCCGCUGCAGCUCUCGCCGCUGUGGGCCGCACGCGCAGGACGCAGUGCCGUACCGGGGGGCCGCCGGCCCGAUCCCGACCGUAGCAUCGACCGGUCUCUGUAG